AUGCUGGUUUCAUUUCGCGAACAAGCUCAAAGCUAUUACAAAGAACUAACACCGUGGGCAAAAGCGGCAGUACUUGGCGGAAUUGCAAUAGCAUUUUAUAUUCCUUACAGGUAUUUUAUCACAAGACCGAGGAAGACACUGAUAAAAGGAGAUUACAGAAAUGGAAUGGUCUAUCUAUAUCAGCUUCCACGAAUAAAGUACAUCCCAAGUUUGUCAUCAUUUUGCUUGAAAUUGGAAACGUGGUUGCGUAUAGCCGAUAUAAACUAUGAAAAUAUAUGCUCUUGGCACACACGUUCGCUGGAAGGUUCUGUACCAUUCUUGGAAUAUAAUGGCAAAGAAUAUUCAGAUUCUUCUCUUGCUAUAAUGACGUUUUCAAUUUACAGGGAUAUGACGAAAAUAUUUGCUAAAGAAGCAAUGGAAAACCAUUUGAGUAGUGAGCAAAGAGCCACAUCUCAUGCAUUCGAAGCAAUGGUGGAAAAUUCUUUAAUCAUGAGUGUUGCUUAUAUUCAGCUCAUGGACCACAAAAAUGAUAUUUGGCGUGAACUCCCGAAUGACGAAUUGAAGAAACUGCAGAACCCUUCAUUAAUGAAACACACCCGAGAAGAAAUUUUGACUAUGGCAGAUAAUGAUUUAAAGGCAAUAUCGUCAUUUCUUGGUAGCAAUUAUUAUUUCAGUGGCUUUAAACCAACAACAGUGGAUGCAACAUUAUUUAGCGUGUUAGCACAGAUCGUCUAUGCACCUUAUGAGCUGCCGCAGAAAGUAUCAAUUGAACGAAAUUUUCCAAAUUUAAAAGAAUACUGUGAUCGGAUUAAAGGACGAUAUUGGCCAGAUUGGGAAGAAUGUACUAAAAAAUUUACUACCAAUUCUCAGUGGAAGAAGAAAAUAUGA